CAUGCGCAUUUCGCUUUUAUUUUCAACUCGGUGCUGUGGAAUGGCGGCGUCAAGAUGGACGUUUACAAAAGAACAACUUGCGAACACUCCCAGUCGAAAGAUGGGGAUAGAUGCCGACAAAGAACUCUCAUAUCGUCAGCAAGCUGCCAAUCUCAUACAAGAUAUGGGGCAGCGACUCUCUGUUACACAGUUAUGCAUCAACACUGCCAUUGUAUACAUGCAUAGAUUCUACAUGCUGAGGCCUUUCACCAAGUUUCCAAGAAAUGAGAUGGCUCCAGCCUGUUUGUUUUUAUCCUGCAAGGUGGAAGAGCAGCCCAGGAAGCUGGAACACGUCAUCAAAGUAGCACAUUCCUGUCUAUACAGAGACAACAGGCCAGCACCAGAUCCAAAAACUGAGGCUUACCUAGAGCAGGCCCAGCAGCUUGUGAUCAAUGAGAACAUUUUACUACAGACUCUAGGUUUUGAAGUCAGAGUGGAACAUCCACACACAUUUAUUGUUAAAGCCACAGCUCUAGUUAAAGCCAGCAAAGAUCUGUCCCAGAGCAGUUACUAUCUGGCUACCAACAGCCUCCAUAUGACGACGUUCUGUCUGCAGUACCGUCCCACUGUCGUGGCCUGUGUGUGCAUGUACCUAGCCUGUAAAUGGGCCAAGUAUAUGAUACCGAAGUCUAACGAAGGAAAGGAGUGGUUCUAUUAUGUAGACCCGUCAGUGACUAAAGAGCUUAUAGAAGAUCUCUACAAUGAAUUCCUCAAUAUACUCGACACUUGUCCAACAAAGCUGAAAAAGAAGAUUAUGGGGUGGAAGGGUACUGAGAGUCAGCAGCGUGACAUGCCCAACCAGGACCCCACAGACCUAACAGGUGCAAAUCCCUUCCCCACUACCUCCCAGCAGAGACACGAACGUCGCGAUAGCAGUCACCACUCAGGGCAAUUAUCCAGGGUUCCGCCCACUGAACACAGGUCUAACCAGGAGCACAGCCUUGCACAUGUAAGGGAUGUGCGUCCUGACCAGGCCAGGGAUGUGCAGGUUGACCGCCGGAAGGACCCUCACAUAAUCUAUGACCGGAAGCUGCACCCUGCCCCAGGUUCAGCACAGACUGACCACAGGGGGCCCAGAAGGGAGGAGACCAGGGGCUCACAUUCCAACACUCAAAAGAAGGAGGCCCUCCCUCAGGCCGCUGACCACAGAGAAAGACAUUUCCAGGACAGUUUCAAGAAGGACAAGGCACCUGUAGCGGUGAAACGGGAACAUGAUGUAAAUGGGCGAUCGUCCACACCUCAACCCUCACGACCUCAGCAGGAAGUCAUGUUAACUGAACAAAAUGUGGAUAGUCUGUUGGUGAAGUUGGAAACUGGUACCACGGCAACCUCAGGUGCUUCUGAUUCUCAGUCCUCGGUAACAUCAGUUGGUGCUGAAAUGCAGAAAAAAACAAAAUCUGAAACUGCAAUUAACUUUAAAGAGUACAUGAAACGAAAGGAGAAGGAGAAAAAGGAAAAAGAGCAAGCUGAGAGGUUGAGAAUUCAGCUUGAAAAAGAAAAGGAAAAGAGAGCUAAGGAAGCAGAGAAUCUUAAUAAAACUUAUUCAGAAGGUAUGAGUAACCGAGAACAAAAACCUAGACCUCCAAAGUUAGACGUAAGUCUGCCACUACCUGCAAACUUGGAUGAGUUUUCUACUAAAGAUGUUUCUGAAAGGCCAUAUGAAGUUAAUAUAAAAAGUCCUAUUAAACCUCAUAAAAAUAUUACUGUAAAAAGUCCAAUAAAAAGUUCAGAUCUCAAACAACCAAAGUUGGAAUUACCAAAAGUGCAACUAACACCGGAAAAAGAUGGUAGUGAUCCAUUUAGUGUGAAUAUUAAUAGUGAUCCUGCUAUACGAAAACUUAUUGGAAAGGAAGCGUCUGUUGUACAUUCUAAUGGUAGUGAUUUGAUAAAAUUGGAAACAAUGACUAGAAUAAAACAGGAGCCUGGAAUUUCACCCAGACUUUCCCCUCGUGUAAAACCGGAAUUCCCCCAUUCAGGUGCUAUAAAAAUGGAACCAAUGUUCACUUUGGAGGUAAAAGUUAAACAUGAAGUGAUGGAUCUGGAAGUGAAUCAAGAACCAAAGACAAUCCACACAGACCCAUUAACACUAAAAAUUAAGAAAGAGUCCGACAAAACUAGUCAGUCCAGCAUCAAGGUUCUUACACAUUUUAAGGACGAUUUAGAACCUGGUGAAAUUGAUGACUCUGAGCCAGAAAUAAACCUGCUGCCAGAGCAUGUUUCAGCACCAGCAAUUAAAAUAAGAGAGCUGGGCUAUGAUCCUGAUGUGGGACUUGAAAGUGCCCAUGCACUGAAGCAAGCCAUGGAACGAGAGGCUUUAGGUGGAAGGGCUACCCCUGGCUUAGGUCAGUCUAGGGUAGAUGGAGGUACUCAGCUAAACACACCCAUUAGAAUGAAGAUACCACGAACUCAUUCACAGCCUGAGAGCCCCUCUCUAAAGAUAAAAAUCAGCACUAAAGGGAUAUCUACAGAUAGUGAUCAUAGCUCAGGAAAACACAGCUCUCCGCAUAGACAUAAACACAAACACAAGGACAAGCAUAAGCACAAGUCACAUAAACAUUCCCGGGAUAAGGAGAGACUUAGAGAUCAUGACAAGCUUAAGGAUAGUCAGUCUUCAAGUUCAAGUGUGGGGACCAAUGGCCAAUCGCAGUCAAUUAAAUUAAGCAUUAAAAUUGGUGAUCUUCAAAGUCACUCAAGCCCUAGUGCUACAGAAGUGCCAGGUAAGCAAAAGCUUGACAAACAAAAGCACAGGUCUUCAAUAUCAGAUCCAGCCUUGAACAGAAAUGCUAGUGUAGAGGCUGAAAGAACUCAGCCAUGGUCAAUGUCUGACCUGGCUAAGCCGGCCUUGGCUGCUGCUGUUGCAGAGUCACCAUCUAGAAAGAGGCGUCGUACGUCCAAUGUGGAGCCUAACACGGAUAUGUCGCAACACAAGACUGCAAAGAUGGGGCCACCAAGACUGCGGCGGUCUUCCUCGUCGCAUUCUGUUGUGAGUAUGGAAAUGUCUGAUGAGGAAUCAUGCCAAACAAAUGGUCAGAUACAAACAGAACAUGAACCUAUGAUCAAUAAAUUAAAAGAUAAUCUGCAGCAGCUCAUUGCUCAAAAACAAAUUGAAUACAUCAAAAACAAGCAAGCUCAUGAAUCUAGAAACUCGCCAAUGCAAGCUCUUAAGAAACCUAUAGACAGACAACAGUCUGGCUUUGACCUCGACGGGAUGAUGUGGGCAGGUAACUCAGGAGAUCACCCGCCCCUGCCUUCUGACAUACCUGCCCCACCUCCUCCCCCUCCACAACAGGUCGCCAGACCACCACCGCGGUGAUGUUAGCAUGAUUUCAUAGUUCUUAUGAUUGUUGUCUUAUCCUUUCAGUGUGAUUUAAAAUAUUUUCCAGUGUUUUGUACUUAAUAGAUUCAUUUAUCUUGUGAUGUGCCCCAUCAUUGAUAGUGAUCAUAUGCUUAUUUGUCCCCUACCAGUGAAACCGGAGAGGGACUUAUGGUUUGCGCUCUGUGUGUCUGUCAGUCUGUCACACUUUUCUGGAUCCUGCGAUAACUUUAAAAGUUCUUCUUUUUUUUGAUGAAACUUGAAACAUUGACAGAUGGCAAUAUGGAGAUAAUGCACCUAAUUUCAUUUAGUUCCUACGGCAAGAAUUCUGGUUGCUAUGGCAACAAAUAAACUACAAAUAUUGCUGAAAAUGGUGGAUCCUGCGUAGUUCGGGGACUUUUAUUGCUUGGCAAUAGUCUUGUUUCAUUUUGGUUCAAUUUUUUACUGAAGUGAAUUAUUGAAUUCAACUGUCAUUUUUAUAAUAUCUGAUAUAUAACAGUGUAUGGUCACAAAUGUGUAUGCUCAAAAUGUUCAGAAUAUCGUUUUAAAUGUCCACACUUUUGUGUAAUUCAAUAAUUAUUAUGGAAAUGCAAAUAUUCAAAAACUGCUUUAAUUGCCAUAAAAUAUUAUUGUUAUUACAGUUUUCAUAGAUCUUUAUGUUGUUAUAUGAUUGUCACGAUUUAAUGUAAUUGUACAUUGCUGUAAUUUGACAGCUUGUAAUUGUGGAUUUUUUUUAUUGUUGAAUCAUUUAAACUUCACAGACGCCAUCAGGUAAUGUGUUUGUCUGUAUUAGUUUUUAUGUUAAACUUUUGUAUUUAAAGAAAAUCUGUCAAUUGUGGGGAAUUAUAUUAUUAUCCAAAGUUCUCACAUUUAGCUUUUUUGCAUUGAGUUUUUUAUUAAAUAGCCAAUAUAUGCUUAAAUUUAGUGCAUUUACAUGUAACAUACAUGUACACAUAAUCAGCAUGGGUUGGAAAAUAGUCUCACAAUAUGACAAAGAAGAGCGUACCAUAUUUUAAAACUUUUCAGUCAAAUCCAAUAUUCUAUUUCCCAAUUAUUAUACAGAUGAUGCAAAAUUACAUCAUUAAUAUUGUUAACUACCAAUAGUUAAUCUGAACUUGUGUUUGCAAAGUAUUAAAAAAUGAUGUAUAUAUUUUGCAUAAAGAGGUGUUUUUUUUAGUUAUUUCUUUAUUGAAAACAGCGAGGCUAUUUGGGGUUUAGCACUUAAUGCUGGUUUAAAAUGUUGGAUUGACGACAAUUGCUCUACAGCUUCUCUUGGUAUCAAAACCCUUGAUUUAAUGGUAAAAAAGAAACCAGUACCAUCAUUUAUAAGUUGAAUAAAGAUAUAAAGCUAAGAUAUGCUAGUUUUGCCAUUGUGCAGUAUUUUCUAACUUGUUAAUUUUUUGUACAAACACUUUUUGGGUAUGAUGUUCUAAAAAACACAAAAAAACACAGAAGACGUGUAAAAAAAUUCCUUUAAUACAGUACUUUGCAUGCAAUUUUCAUUAUGUUAUACAUGUCCAUAAGUCUUGGAUUAUGGUUUAUAUUUUGAUAAGGUUUCUUUAUGAUACAUGUUUGGUUGUACCAACAGCUUAUUUCAUGCAUACAAUUGAAUGAAUUGUUUGUAUUAUCUCAUGCUUAUACAACCUUCUUCAAGCUAAAAAAAAAGAAAAGCAAAAUCAGCAAUAAUUAAGUCUACCUUGGCACUUUUCUCCAUAAUUCAAGGUUUCUUCUGCUUCUUAUAAUGUGUUGAAUGCUUAAGCAUAUUGCCUUAAAUUACUUGUCAAUGUUAAAUAGCAUUGCUCAUAAUAAUUAUAUUAGCUGGUUAUAAAAGGUGCAAUUUUCUGUAUUUUAAAACCAGUCUUGAUAUUCUGAAUUUCUGUUAUGUAUUUUGAUGUGUGUCAUUACUUCCGUGAUAGAAGUGCUGUAUUUAACAAUGGUAUGGAAAUGAAAGCAUGUUGACAUAAUGAAUCAAGGUAUAUACAUGUAAUGUCCUGUCUCACAAAUAAUUUUAUGUAGCUUUGUCCAUCUGCUAUUAUGUCCAUUGACACCACUGUCUAAAUUUGGUCAGUAGAAAACUUAACAUAACAUUAGCCUCUGGGUCUAUAUUCUCCAACUAAUCCGUAGAGUUAAGCAUAUAAAAUAGACUUACAAGGAAUAGACUUUGAUCCAAGAAAAUGGUCUUCCUGGGAUGAAUAUAUGAUAUAAAUGGUGCUAUUGUCAUGAAAUUAAAGUAUUGCUUUACUGAACUUUUAAGCAGUUUAUUUAAUACAUUACAGCAUUAUGAAGAACAUUCUAUAUUUCUAGACUUCAGUGUAAGCAUUGGUUGGUGAAUACAGACCCAGGUGUCUUGUUAUAACAUAUGUGAAGGCGUAUUUAACAAUACAUGCAUGAGCAGAACUGAAACAUGUUAGUUUGUAUCAUUGAUUAAACAUUUACUUCUUUACAAGUAGUAUUGGUUGUCCUUUGUUUAGUAAAAAAAUUUAUGUUGCAUAUUUGUUAAUUAUGCCCCCCUUCGAAGAAGAGGGGGUAUAUUGUUUUGCUCAUGUCUGUAGGUCGGUCCGUCCACCAGAUUGUUUCCGGAUGAUAACUCAAGAACGCUUAGGCCUAGGAUCAUGAAACUUCAUAGGUUCAUUGAUCAUGACUGGCAGAUGACCCCUAUUGAUUUUCAGGUGACUAGGUCAAAGGUCAAGGUCACAGUGACUCGAAAUAGUAAAAUGGUUUCCGGAUGAUAACUCAAGACCCCUUAGGCCUAGGAUCAUGAAACUUCAUAGGUACAUUGAUCAUGACUGGCAGAUGACCCUUAUUGAUUUUCAGAUCACUAGGUCAAA